UGACCAAUUGACCGUUUUGCUGCGUGUAUAUAUAUGUAUAGAUGAAAUCAGAGCAAAAAGCACGGCUCACUGGCAUUGCCUUCUUCCCUCAGCUUAUUCCAUUGUUCCUCAAUGGCUUCUUCUUCCCUUUUGAUCCCCUUCUCCAUUUCCUUUGCGUUCAUUUUAGGCUCUAAUGCAGCUACACUUCCCAAGCCCCAUGCCUUUAUACUUCCCAUAUAUAAAGACAAACAACCCUGCAAUACUAUACAAACAUUAAAAUGGGUGAUCCCGGGAUGGAUAUGAACGUAGUCAUUGAUCUUGGAGCCCAGUUCCUUUGGUUCAGUUGUGAUGGCAACUACAGUUCCUCAUCCUACCGCCCUGUCGCCUGCGGCUCAGCCAAAUGGGAAGCUGCAAAGGGCUUGGGCUGCGUUGGUUGCUUUGGACCUGUUAGGCCAGGCUGCACCAACAACACUUGUGGUCUCUCUCCAUUCAAUCCGUUCAAUGGAUCCCUCAUAUCCGGAAGUCUAAGCGAGGAUGAACUUGUUGCGUAUUCAACAAAUGGGUUGCAAUACUUGUUGAGGACGAAUGUUCCUAGCUUCCCUUUCUCCUGUGCAGAUCCACUUGUCUUGGACGGCCUUGCCGCUGUCUCUCAAGGAAUGAUAGGCCUUGCAAGGGGUCAAAUUGCAGUACCAACGCAACUCUCUUUGAAAUUAAAAAUUCCUCAUAAGUUUGCUCUUUGUCUACCCUCUUCAACGCCUGACUCAGGAUUGGGAGACAUUUUCAUCGGUGGCGGUCCAUAUUUCAUGCCUCCUUAUACUAAAGAUUUUUCAAAGUCUCUUACUACUACCCCACUCGUCAUUAACCCAGUUAGCACAGCACCUAUCUUUUCAGAGGGUGAAGCUUCAGAAGAAUAUUUCAUCAAUGUUAAAUCCAUCAAAGUUGAUGGAAACACAGCUUCCUUGAAAACUUCAUUGCUAACCAUAGAUGUAAAAGGAUUUGGUGGUACCAAAUUUAGUACUAUUGAUCCUUACACCGUUUUGCACACUUAUAUUUACAAGGCUCUGGGACAGGAAUUCGCUAACAAGGCUGCAGCUUUGAAGAUAACUAGAGUUGCAUCAGUGGCACCAUUUGGCCUAUGUUUCAGUUCAAAAACAACUAGGAACUCCGAGACUGGACCAGCUGUGCGGGUUAUUGAUCUGGUUCUGGAAAGCAACAGUGCACCCUGGAGAAUUUAUGGUCAUAACUCAAUGGUGAAGGUCGAUAAAAACGUCAUGUGUCUGGGAUUUGUCGAUGGAGGAUCAAAGCCAAGAACUUCAAUUGUUAUAGGAGGUCAUCAGGUGGAGGAUAAUCUUGGGGAGUUCGAUCUUGUUUCCUCAAAGCUGGGAUUUAGCUCUUCACUGCUGCUUAAAAACACAAGCUGCUCUCACUUCAGAGUAUUUUAGAGCAAUGCGUUCGUAAUAAUAGCAAAUAUUUCUGUCAUUUUCUUUGUUUAAGUUUUGUACCAAAAUAAUUCUUGAUUUGAAUGUCCAAGCAAAUGCAUGUAAAA